AUGUUGGUUGGAGUGAGCGGUACUAAGUUUUGUGGUUGUGAAGAAGUAAUUCAAUUAUUGGUCGAUCAUUUUCAUUUCGAAUUACUGAAUUAUCUGAAUAAUUCUGAUGAGAUCUUGGAUUAUGCGACUAAAAAUUACACAAAAAACUCGGUUGUGUUCUUAGAGACGUUAUCCUUAUUGGAGAAGUUGGAAAAAAGGCCUUUUUUCAUUCAUCUUUCCGUCGAUGCUUCAGUAACUGCAAGAGUAGCCUUAUACAAAAGAGUGAACUCUGCGAGAAAUUUGCAAUUGGAAAAGAUGAUUCAAGCCAUUGAUGAGCACGAUUUUCAACCUGAAGGUAUUAAGUUAAGAGAACGAUCACACCUGAAAUUCAAAAUAGUCAAUGAAGACUGUGAUCGAAAGAAGCAAAGCUUAAUCGAUAAUAUCACCGCCCAAUUGAAAAUUCUUGGUAACAACGGGCAAAGCAGCAAAGAAAAGGCUCCGCUGAUGAGGCCUAGUUGGGAUAGCUACUUUAUGAAGCUAGCCACGUUGGCGGCAUCUCGUUCCAAUUGCAUGAAACGUAGGGUUGGUUGUGUAAUUGUAAGGGAAUGCAGAGUCAUUGCCACUGGUUACAACGGGACGCCUCGACAUCUAACCAAUUGUUUUAACGGUGGUUGUCCACGUUGCAAUGAUGGUGAUUCUAGAAACCUGCACACUUGUUUAUGUUUACAUGCAGAAGAAAACGCCUUACUAGAGGCUGGUAGGGACCGUGUAGGCCAAAAUGCAACUUUAUAUUGUGAUACUUGCCCCUGCUUAACCUGUUCUGUAAAGAUCGUUCAAACAGGAAUCAGUGAAGUGGUCUAUAGCCAAACCUACAGGAUGGAUGAAGAGAGCUUCAUAGUUUUAAGGAAUGCAGGGAUUACUGUUCGACAAUUCAGUUUUAUGGAAGAACCAAGAAUUGUAAUGAUUUGA